AUGAACUUCUUCCUCUCAAUUUAUCCCUUGAUCUGCCUACUUCUCUCUCAGGUCCGAGGCCAAAACGCCAGCUUGUCAUCCCCCAACGACACCACUUUCUCGGACCUUUUCUGGCAGCUCCACAACCUCGAGAGCCAAAGACCAAGGGGUAAUCCCUACCUAGGAGGGCAGAACUUCUCCUGGUGCUGCCUCAAGGCCUUCGAGGACGCCCUGGGCGUUACCGACAACGGUACCGUCGUGAUCCGGAACAGUUCACGCUCUAUCAUUGGCGCCCGCAGCCUCGCCGACCUGCAGAGCGCAGCGGCGCGCAGCCAGUUCCCCUGCAGCGCUAAGUACAACGGCGAUCCCUUGGGCGCGCCGGUCGUGGCCAUCGGGUACAGCUUCCUGGUCGAGCAGUGCCCCGGUUGGGAACUCAGCAGCCAGACCAACCUGAAUGCGUGGCUCCAUUCCCUGUCCGGCUUCCUGCUGCCUGCCGUCAUAUUCUGCUUGUCCGUGCCUAGGAGGCGGAAGCUCCAUGUCUUUAGUUCGUUCUUCGUCGCUGACUUGGCUGGCGUCAAGAGCUACGUGCCGGCACUUUUGGGCGCGCUCGCCGCGGGCUUCAUCGUUUUGCUCGAUACCACCAUCUGGCUCAGCAUAUGCUUUGCCUUCGCCGGGCCCAUGAUCCUUAGCGGUCUCUACGAAGCCAUGCUUGACAAUCGAGUGCUCGACUUUCUAAAGGAGAAGAUCCAGACAGAGAUGACUCUGGACAUGCGCUGCCGCUGUCUAAUGCUCGUCCUGAUCGGCAAUCUUGACCUAGCCCUCGAGCCGGAUUCCAACUCUCACCAGAAGCUUGGCUCCACGGCCCAGUCACUGCCUCUGCCGGUGACUGCUGGCGCCAGCCCGGACAUGGUGGCGAACCCUAUUCCUCGGGGACGCGACAAGCCACCGGACACGCCUAUCGGUGCACUUGAGAUCCUUACCCACAAUGGCCAGCCGCUAAUGGAAACGCGGCCGGACCUCCUCGUCCCUAGAACACCAACCUCGGGCGGAGCCACGACGCCGUCCUCGGAGACCGACGCAACGCAUCGAGCAAUGAUGACUACGAUGACGGCCCUCGGGCCGCGGCAGCAUCUCGCCCCUUGUAACUUGCACUCUCCGCGGCCGGGCACCACCACCAGCGAGGUACCCACCAUCCGCCGGAGACCGACCGCCCACAUGGCUGCCUCCCCCUGGCGACACAUGGAAGUUCUGCUUUACGACCUCCGUCUCUACGACGACGACGACGACAUCCGACAGGAAUCGCCGUGCCAGUACCCCCGCCGUGUAUGCGGCGCGAGAGACUGCGACGACAGUCAACACGAAGGACCCGCCCGGCCGUGGACACUCGAAACCAAAGGCCACAUCGCGCGGACCAAGACCCGACUACGAACCAUGCUGCAGUGCCAAUACUCAUUCGGCUCCGUAGUAGGAGCACCCGUGAUCUUCUUCCUCGGGGGCUUCCUCUUCGCGUUCCUUUCCAGCCUGGAGCACCUCGGGGACGAGGACAUCGCGGAAGCAAUCGCCUUCGGGUCCUGGUACAUGAUCAUUCCGCACAUCGCCAUCGUCAGCAGCCUCCUACUCGCGGGCAACAAUCCCAACAUCCUCGAAGGCGUCUUCGCCACAGAACGCGAAGACCACCAACCCGACCGCGACUCCACCGCGCUCCUCUUCGGCCUCCUCCGCUUCGAGCUCGUCUACCCCAGCUGCUACAAAGUCGCCUGGCAAUGGCAGCGCGGACACACCAAAAAACAAUGGAUCAACCAACUCCUGCGCACCUACCACGGCGGACAACACACCACCACCAACGACGCCGCCACCGACGCCAACGACGACCUGGACGACCUACACGCCAAAACCAACCUCUCCCCGCUCGACUGGUUCCUGGUCCUCUCGCUGACCUUCCUGCUGCUGGGGGUGCCCUUCGUGCUGGCCUUCUUGACCGCCUUCUUCACGCCCCAGACGGGGCUGUCGUGCCGCUCGCUGACCUUUACCGUGUACUUUUGCAUGCAGGCCGCGCAGGUCGCGCUAUGGCUGUGGGCGUAUGCGGGGGCGCCGCCGGCGGUGGGGGCGCGGGUUGGGGUGGGUGGUGGUGGUGAUGAUGUUCAUGGUGGUGGUGGUGGGGGCCGGCGGCGUGGUUUCCAUCCGCUGGAUUUUUUUCGUAGGGGUGGGUGGCUUGAUGCGAGGGGGUUUUAUAACCCGACCUCGGUCAAGUGGCUGCUUGGCGCGGAUGGGCGGAGGAGGACGGCGUGGGAGGUGGUUCGAUCUGGCGAGUUGUGGUCGUUCCGCGCGGUGUGGUGCGGGAUGUGUGUACCGUACUGCCAUGUGCUACAUCAACGUCCAAUAUUGGCUGGCGCCAACGGACCGGAAGCCGAUGGCAAUAUUGUCGACCAACAGCGAGGAGAUGAUCAGGAACUCAAUCGGCGAUGCUGCAACGGCACCAGCUGUUAUUACUCCCUAGCACUUCAUCCGGCUGACUGCAGGCGAAUCUCGCCCCUCGCAUCACUUUGUUUGACAUGCCAAACAUUCAACCACGUCGCCGCACGGCACCUCUACCACUGCGUUAAUGGCCGACGAUGGUGGCUUCUUGCCCGCACCCUCCUUGACCGCAACGACUUUGCGCGGGCCAUUAGGAGUAUGCACGUCGGCCCCUACCAGACCUUGGACGAAGACGACUGUCUUCCCCAGGUAGUAGAUUAUUACAAGAAAUCCCUUCAUAAGAUUCAACUGGACGCCCUCCCAGAACACGCCCGUCAUGAAGCCAUGCCCCCCCUUAGCGAUGUUCCCCUGGAGACGCAGACCGACAGCUUGUGCCCAAACCUGCCAGUCCUGACAGGCGUCGUCCGUCAUUCGUGUUACAAGGCUUUCCAAUUCUGCGGCCCCCGCUCCAUGCCGCAUCUGCGCCGCAUAUCACUCAGCCACAACAACUGGGCACCUACCGACAGGGAGGACUUUUCUGGGAUAGGUGGGUUCAUCAGUCUGGAACACUUAGCGGCCCUCUUCUACGCCGCACCAAACACCACCCAUGCCAUCUUCUACAUGGUCACCGCCGUGUGCGAGUGA